AUGGGAGUCCCGGCCGGUCUAUCGGCGGCGAUAAGGUUGAAGCAAUUGUGCCGUGAAAAGGAUGUUGAUUUAUCUGUGUGUGUUGUGGAGAAAGGAGCUGAAGUGGGUGCUCACAUUAUUUCUGGCAAUGUUUUUGAGCCACGGGCACUGAAUGAACUUCUCCCACAAUGGAAAGAGGAAGAGUCACCAAUCACUGUCCCUGUGACUUCUGACAAGUUUUGGUUUCUUACAAAGGAUCGUGCAUUUUCACUGCCAUCUCCUUUUAGUAAUAAGGGAAAUUAUGUUAUAAGUUUAAGUCAAUUAGUACGAUGGAUGGGAGUGAAGGCAGAAGAGUUGGGAGUAGAAAUAUAUCCAGGCUUUGCAGCUAGUGAGAUAUUAUAUGAUGCAAACGACACGGUUAUUGGCAUUGGAACUAAUGAUAUGGGAGUUGCAAAAGAUGGUUCAAAGAAGGAAAAUUUCCAACGUGGCAUAGAACUGAAAGGGCGAGUAACACUUCUAGCUGAAGGGUGUCGAGGAUCAUUAUCAGAGCAAAUAAUGAAAAAGUACAACUUGAGAGAGAAGGGAGAUGCUCAACAUCAGACAUAUGCUUUGGGAAUUAAAGAGGUUUGGGAAAUUGAUGAAGGGAAGCACGACCCCGGUGCUGUGCUGCACACUCUGGGUUGGCCCUUGGAUCAAAAGACAUACGGGGGUUCAUUUUUGUACCACAUGAAAGAUAGACAGAUUUCUAUUGGCUUUGUGGUUGCUCUGAAUUAUCAUAACCCUUUCUUGAACCCUUAUGAAGAAUUCCAGAAAUUCAAACAUCAUCCUGCAAUCAAGCCACUGCUGGAAGGUGGGACUGUUCUUCAAUAUGGGGCUCGCACUUUGAAUGAAGGUGGUUUUCAGUCUAUCCCAUAUCCAGUUUUUCCUGGAGGAGCGGUUAUUGGAUGUUCAGCUGGUUUUUUAAAUGUACCCAAAAUAAAGGGAACACAUACUGCAAUGAAAUCAGGCAUGCUAGCUGCAGAAGCUACAUUGAGUGUACUACAUGAAGGCUUAAACAUGGAAAAAUAUUGGGAUGCUUUAAGGAGUUCAUGGAUAUGGGAAGAACUUUACAAAUCUCGGAACUUCCGACCUGCAUUCGAAUAUGGACUUAUUCCUGGACUGGCCAUAAGUGCUUUAGAACAUUAUAUAAUGAAAGGAAGAGCCCCCUUGAUGCUGAAGCAUGGAAAACCAGACCAUGAAGCAACAAAUGCUGCACAGUUUCACUCUCCAAUUCAAUAUCCAAAGCCAGAUGGGGUUUUAUCUUUCGAUAUUCCAACCUCCCUACACAGGAGCAACACAAAUCAUGAACAUGACCAACCAGCUCACCUUCAGUUGAGGGACCCCAAGAUUCCUGAACUUGUAAAUUUGCCAGAGUAUGCUGGUCCUGAGUCACGAUAUUGUCCUGCGCGUGUAUAUGAGUAUAUGCCAGAUGAAAAGGGUCAGCUGAAGUUGCAGAUCAAUGCUCAAAACUGCCUGCAUUGCAAGGCAUGCGAUAUCAAAGACCCAAAGCAAAACAUUCAGUGGACUGCGCCAGAAGGAGGUGGUGGCCCAGGCUACUCCAUAAUGUAGAAUUUAUUUCUUCUUUUCCUUUUUUGGUCAAUCUCAAGAACGUAGAAUAAGAACUUGUUUUACUAUUGUCACUGCGAAAGGAGAGUUCAAGUUGACAACAACUUUACAGUUUUACUCCCAUAUAAAUAAAAGAUGAAAGUAAAUGCAUUGUUUA